AUGAAAUCGUCAGAUAAAGAGCCAGAGUUGUUGAGCCAGGGCAAAUCCAUAUUGGGUGAACCUUGGGUGCCAAUAUAUGAGGCCCCUGUGGAGUUUGAUGGAAAAAAUUUCCAAACUGCAAUGACUAAUCUCAUUAGACAACCUAAUAUCAACUCCACUGUUAUCAUGAGAGCAGAUAUCCUUAGUGAAAUCGCUUAUACCUCGGAGGGUGAGGUGGACAGUCAAUCAGUGAGUGAGCUAGCCCAAAAAAUGCCAGAAUUUGAGCAAAAUGAAGGUGGAGAGAGCGUAUUACAUAGAUACCUUGAAGACGUAGCUUUGAAAAGUAUCACCAUAGAUGAUUCAACGGUGAAGCUUCAAAAAAGAGCCGAUGUAGUACGGCGAAUAAUACCAAGGAAUCCCUUUAAGGACCAUAUCAUAAAUCAGACAUGUUUGUUGUUGACUGGAGAUGAAGACGAGUCUGUCCUUGUGGUGUACAUCCCUCACAUAAAGACAAGCGAUGAGAUCCCAUUUUACCUCCCGCCGGUUUAUGCGGUGGGGAUUUUGCUUCAUGAUUCGAAGUUGUCAAUUCACUAUUUCCCCUUUAAGGAUGAGAAUGCAGAUGACCUCAGGUCUUUGGAUUCCUCAUCUAGACCGAUUAGAAUCGCCUUGAGGUUGUUACAGACGUCGACGAAGCACUCCCAGGGUGCCAAAGAUGGGUAUGAGAAAAGAGUGAACCACGAUUUGGUGGUACCCAAGGAGUUGUUCCAAAAUAGAUAUAUCAGCUUGAAGAAGAAGUAUUCCUCAACGUUGGUCAAUCUGUGGGUGGAACUGACGGAUCCAAAGAAGCAUGUCUUCGAAGACUUGGCCAUUGCGGCAUUUCUCAUAGAGCUUUGGGCCAAGCACUAUAAAGGUGGAGCCUCGACAUUUGAAUUCAGAGACUUGGGAUGUGGGAAUGGGCUCCUUGUCUAUAUUUUGAACAUGGAGGGAUAUAGAGGGAAGGGUAUCGAUGCAAGGGCAAGAAAGUCCUGGUUGACAUACCCAAAACAUAUUCAAGCCAACUUAUUGGAGCAAGUUAUUAUUCCUCAAAUCUUGCUCAAGCCUCAUCCUGCAGUUGCCAAACUAGCUCCACAUCAGACAGAUAAUGGCAGACUAUUCAUGGUCCCAGAGCAGCCAUCCACUGCCACCAAUAAGGUUCCAUUAGUGAGCUACUACUCGUCCACUAAUUUGUUGGAAUCGACGCAGGUAUGCACAACCAAGGACUUUGCACCAAACACAUUCAUAAUUGGAAACCAUUCUGACGAGCUUACCUGCUGGAUACCCUUGCUAGGAUUCCCCUUCUUGGUCAUACCAUGCUGCUCACACGCAUUGCUGGGAGCCAAAUAUAGGUAUUCGGCAAGGAAGCAGCAGCAGCAGCACCCACAACCACAUAAUCCACAAUCUAAAUCUGCUCCAGCGUCUUCCACUUAUGGAAGCUUAGUGGACCAUGUUGAAGACAUCGCUUUUCAAAUGGGAUGGAAAGUUGAAAGAGAAAUGCUUAGAAUUCCUAGUACAAGGAAUGCUGCAGUAAUAGGAAUAUCUAAAGAAUACGAAGAGUCCCAGGAAGCCUGGGAUACUAGAGUAUUAGACGUGGUAGCACUAGAAGGUGGAGCCGAGGGUUGGGUCGGGAACACUAUGGCACUCAUGAAGAAGUCCCCAAGAAACCAUUAA